CCGUGCGGGCGCUCGGCGCCCCGCGGCGCCGCAGCUCCCUCCUCGGGGGGGCCGCGCCCUGGCGCGCAUGCGAGGAGGAGGGCGGGAGGGAGGAGGAGGAGGAGGAGCGCCCAUCGCCGCGGCCUUGCGGCAACCGCGGCGGAAGGCAGCGUGCAAAUCUGUAA